AUGCUGCACACAACCAUGCAUACGCGCGCGCCUCCCCCCUCAUGUCCGCGCGUGUGUGCGCCUGCCCGUUCUCGAACGAACAAACAACCCGGCCGUCAUCCCAUCGACGGCACGCGCGCCCGCCUCCGACUCUGGCCGAAUUCGGAAUGCGGCCGCACUAAAGCGAUAGAGAGGCGAACCAUGUCUGGUGUUCCCAUCAAAACCGAGGUGAAGCAGGAGGAGGGCAAGUACGGGGCCACCGCCGCUACGCAGGAAUCGAAGCCCGGCAUCUUCGCCACCCAGGAGACCCUCGGUGACGUCGUCCGGGAAGAUAAGGAAGGCACCUUGUAUAUCUGCGGAAACUGCACGGCGCAGCUCUACUUCAAGCCAGACUCGCGCCUCGUGUGCCCCAUAUGCUCUCACAUCACCGGCGCCUCGACUGUAUUCUACAAAAUCCGGACAGAGCCUACGACGUACGAUACCGUCUGA